AUGGCGACUCCAAAGAUUAGCGAGCGGGGCAUCCGCAUCGCGAUUGAUCUGACAGUGCAGCGUGGCGGUACUUUCACCGACUGCGUAGGCAAUCCUGGCACCGGCAAGAUGGAGGACGACAUCCUCAUCAAGCUGCUCUCCGUCGACCCCUCCAACUACGAUGACGCGCCGCUCGAAGGCAUCCGCCGCCUCCUCUCCAAAUUCACUGGAACCGAGAUUCCCCGUGGACAGCCGCUCGACACGUCCAAGAUCGAGAGCAUACGCAUGGGCACCACGGUCGCGACCAACGCGCUUCUAGAGAGAAAGGGCGAAGACAUUGCCAUGGUCGUCACAAAGGGCUUCAAGGAUUGUCUUGAGAUUGGAAACCAGAGUCGGCCCAACAUCUUCGCGCUCGACAUCCGGAAGCCUGAGGUGCUGUACAAGAAGGUUGUCGAGAUCGAUGAGCGCGUCACAUUAGAAGACUACGCCGAAGAUCCAGAAAGGAACCAAACACAGGCCAAGAGCAUAGAAGAGGCUGGCGACAAUGCUGACUUGGUGAAGGGCUUGUCUGGUGAGACGGUGCGCAUCCUACAACGGCCCCAGGAAGAGGCGAUAAGAAGGCAGUUGCAGGAGGUCUACGAUGGUGGACUGAAGAGCAUUGCGGUAUGUUUGAUGCAUGGAUACACAUACCCAAAGCACGAGGCGUUGGUGGGAAAGAUCGCGAAGGAGAUUGGCUUUGAGCAUGUCAGUUUGAGUCACGAGCUCAUGCCUAUGAUCAAGCUGGUCCCACGAGCCACUUCGGCCUGCGCAGACGCAUAUCUCACCCCUGCGAUACGAAAGUAUAUCGAUGGCUUUUCCAAAGGCUUCGAGGGCGGCCUUGGCACUAAGAGCGUGAAACGCGAGGAAGGAUCAAAAGGCGCACGCUGCGAGUUCAUGCAGUCAGAUGGAGGCCUGGUUGACGUCGACAUCUUCUCAGGCCUGAAAGCUAUCCUUUCAGGUCCUGCCGGAGGUGUUGUUGGUUAUGCGCUCACAUCGUACGAUCCGAAAACCAAGAUUCCUGUCAUUGGAUUCGACAUGGGCGGCACUAGUACCGACGUGAGCAGAUACGGCGCUGGACGCUACGAUCAUGUCUUUGAAACUACGACAGCCGGUGUCACCAUCCAAUCACCACAACUCGAUAUUAAUACUGUUGCUGCUGGUGGUGGAUCGCGUCUGUUCUGGAGAAAUGGACUUUUUGUUGUUGGCCCGGAGUCUGCGAGCGCACAUCCAGGUCCAGCUUGUUAUCGCAAGGGCGGUCCGUUGACAAUCACAGACGCGAAUCUGUUCCUUGGACGCUUGUUACCAGACUUCUUUCCUAAGAUUUUCGGUAAGAACGAAGACGAGGGGCUCGAUGCGCAGGCGAGCGAGAAGUUGUUCAAGGAGCUGGCGGAGCAGAUCAAUAAAGAGGUCGCAGGCGGCAACAAGGAGAAAGAAAUGUCGCUGGACGAUAUCGCGAACGGUUUCAUCAAGAUUGCGAAUGAAACCAUGACACGACCUAUUCGCAGUCUGACCGAAGCCCGUGGACACGACACAAGUAAGCACCGACUCGCGACGUUUGGUGGUGCUGGUGGUCAGCACGCGGUGGCCAUCGCCGAAGCUCUUGGCAUCUCGCAGAUUCUGAUCCAUCGCUACUCGUCGGUUCUUUCUGCAUAUGGUAUGGCGCUUGCCGACGUUGUUGAUGAGAGGCAAGAACCAGAGUCUACCGUAUGGUCGGACAAGAAGGAAACAAGAGAGUACUUGCAAAACAAGAUGGCAGAUUUGAAGAGCAAGUCGACAAGUACGCUCAGAGAUCAGGGCUUUGACGAGGAGCAUGUCCACUUCGAGGAGUACCUCAAUCUAAGAUAUCGAGGAACAGAAUCCGCCCUCAUGAUUAUCAAGCCGACUAAGGAGGAGGCACAGCAAGAAUACGAUGGAGAUGAAUGGGCGUUUGGCAAGGCUUUCGUCAAGCAGCAUGAACAAGAAUUCGGCUUCACUUUACCUGAUCGCGAUAUCAUUGUAGAUGAUGUGCGAGCUCGUGGCAUCGGCAAGACAUUUGAAGGUCUCGAAAAGAGCGUAGAUCAGCAACUCAAAGAGAUCAAGCCAAAAGAUAUCUCAGGCGACACGAAGCGCUACGACACUCGCAAGGUAUUCUUUGAGGGUGGCCGACAAGACACUUCAGUCUACAAGCUCGAGGAUUUGGAAGUUGGCGAUCGAUUGAAGGGGCCAGCAAUUAUCGCGGAUGGUACGCAGACUAUCGUUGUGACACCUGGCGCUACUGCGCUUGUCAUCAAUACCCACGUGGUGAUAAACAUUGGUGAGACUGAAGACCAAGAGAAGGAGGUUGGUACGAAAGAGGUCGACCCAAUCCUGCUCAGCAUCUUUGCGCAUCGAUUCAUGGCCAUUGCUGAGCAGAUGGGCCGCGCACUCCAGAAAACUAGUGUUUCCACUAACGUCAAGGAACGGCUGGAUUACUCCUGCGCGCUGUUUGACGAGAAUGGUGGACUUGUCGCCAACGCCCCUCAUCUACCGGUACAUCUCGGUAGCAUGUCAACUUGUGUUCGCAAACAAGCCGCCAUCUGGAAGGGCAAACUCAAGAAGGGUGACGUCCUCGUCUCGAACCACCCUAUGUUCGGCGGCACUCAUCUGCCAGAUAUCACUGUAAUCACGCCCGCCUUUAGUGGUGACAAUAUCAUCUUCUACGUCGCUUCACGCGCGCAUCAUGCCGACAUUGGAGGCAUACUCCCCGGCUCUAUGCCUCCUGCAUCAAAAGAGCUUUACCAAGAAGGUGCGGCUAUCAAAUCUGAGAAACUAGUAUCCGAAGGGCACUUCAACGAGAAGCGCAUCACUGAGCUUCUUCUGGACGAACCAGGUCAGUAUCCUGGUUGCUCUGGUACACGAUGCCUCAGUGACAACAUCAACGAUCUGAAGGCACAAGUCGCCGCCAAUCAAAAAGGUAUCAACCUAAUCAGCACACUAAUGUCGGACUAUGGCGAGCGAGUUGUCAAGUUCUACAUGACCAACAUCCAAGCCAACGCAGAGCAAUCUGUUCGUGCUCUACUCAAAGACGUCUACAAGCGUUUUGAAGGCCAGGAUCUUAGCGCAGAGGAUUUCAUGGAUGAUGGAAGCCCUAUCCGGCUCAAGGUAUCGAUCGAUCCUGAGAAGGGUGAGGCCGUAUUCGACUUUUCCGGCACAGGCCCUGAAGUCUACGGAAACAUUAAUGCGCCAGAAGCCGUUACCUACUCUGCUAUCAUCUACUGUCUGCGCUGUCUUAUCAGCGAGGACAUCCCGUUGAACCAAGGUUGCCUCAAACCGAUCCAUGUCCUCAUUCCCAAGAAGUCCUUCCUCUCACCAUCCGACAACGCAGCUGUUGUGGGCGGCAACGUUUUGACAAGUCAGCGUGUUACCGACGUAGUUCUCAAGGCGUUCAAGGCCUGCGCUGCGAGUCAGGGUGAUUGCAACAACCUCACUUUCGGCUUUGGCGGUACAACAUAUGGAGAAGGCGAUAAGAGCGGCGAACGCAAAGAGACGAAAGGUUUCGGGUACUAUGAAACAAUUGCAGGAGGAUCUGGCGCUGGCUCAACAUGGAAUGGCACAAACGGUGUGCAUACACAUAUGACCAACACCCGCAUCACCGACUCUGAGGUCUUCGAGCGAAGGUAUCCUGUUCUGCUCCGUGAGUUCUCGCUACGACAAGAUAGUGCCGGUAAGGGCAUGCACGUUGGUGGUGAGGGUGUGAUUCGCGACAUCGAGUUCCGCAUCCCCGUCCAAGUUAGCAUUCUUAGCGAGCGAAGAGUAUACCAUCCCUACGGCAUGGAAGGAGGAGGCGACGCAGCAUGUGGCUUGAACAUCUGGGUCAAGAAAGUAGACAAAAAGGCUAUUGACCAGAACUCGGACUCCAAGCGCCCCACAGAACCUCUGGAGGAUACUACACAUGCGCCUAGGACUUCUGAUGCAGUAGAAGCGGCCCAGAAGAAGGACGCUGCAAGAGCGAAAGAAGACGUGGAGUACAGAUAUAUCAACAUGGGUGCUAAGAAUACGGCAGCUAUGCGGCCGGGUGAGAGGAUCAUCAUCCAUACACCUGGCGGCGGUGGCUGGGGUAAGGAAGGUGACGAAAGUAGGGUGCAGAACAAGGUCGAUCCAAAGGGAAGUUGGAAGGGUGGAAGUAUAGCCGAAAGGCAGAGCACUGCAGAGGCCAGUGCGUAG